UCCCUUUUUUUGGAGUUCUUUACCCUCUAUGCCGCUCGCCAGAGACUUGCUCCACCCUGAACCAAAAGCUGAGAAGCAGCGGCACAAAUUAAAGCGCCUUGUGCAAAGUCCUAAUUCUUAUUUUAUGGAUGUUAAAUGUCAAGGCUGCUUUGCAUUGACCACCGUUUUUUCCCAUUCGGAUCACGUUGUUGUGUGUUCAGAGUGCUCGCAAGUCCUUUGUCAACCUAAAGGUGGAAAAGCUAAACUUACAAGCGGUUGUGCGUAUAGGAUAAAGCCCCAAUAGCUUUGAUUUUUUUUGAAAUUAAUUUAUUGCAAAAAUGGUUGAAUGUACGGAAAGUUCCAGUGGACGCUUAAAAAUUUUUGAUAUAAUAAUAAAAUAGUUUUUUACCUUACUAAAGUUUUAUUAGAUAUUUUAUGUUCGGUACACUCGUUGGUAAACCCCUAUUAUGGUAUACCAAUAUCUCAAGCCGAACUAAAGUAAGUGUAUGUAUUGGUUUUUCUCAAAGUUGGUAAACUGCUUUAAGUAACUAAGCAAUACUACAGUACCUGUUCUUUAUUAAUUAUAACUGAUAGUACGUUGUAGGGAUUAUUCUUUAGUAUUUUACGUUAACUAUAUUUUGCUUUAUAGUUUAAGCAGAUCAGUAUUUAAGUUAAAUACAUGAAGUAUAAGUUGACUCAAUAUCUUAUUGCCUUGCUCUUUUGGCCUUUGCAAGGUUUUGUUCCUUAGCUGAUAUAUAUUCCUUCGAGCUGUAAGGGAAUCUCUAAACUUCUACAGUCCCAAAAAAAUCUACUUAAAAUUGCUCUCGAGGGUUACCGAUGGUUUCGAUCUAAGUCGCUCGGAAGAUUGUCAUCCUUGGAUGGAUAACCGUUCGGACGAAUUUUCAUCUUUGGUCGGGUCAACCAUUAAUAGCACCAACCUACGCAGUCGCCAAGAGCACGUCCCUUGAACGGCUAGAGUGUGCGCCGCUCCAUUGAUCGUAACUGAGCUCGCCCAGUGGCUCUUGGCCCUUCGUUUUUAGACUACCACCACGCUUAGAAGUGGCCGCCCCACCUCAAAAGGAGGAGGGAUACAAUAUAUAAAGGUAUCAAGCUGUAACGCGAAAUAAAAUGUUUAAUAGGAGUUAGAGGGCUCCAUGAUGUCAACCAAUUAUGCCCCAAGCUAUUUUAACGAGUUCGCAACACUUGAGCAACUAAAAAUUAAUAAUUGGUGAAUACAAAAUCAGCUAUUAAUGAUGUGACUUGUAUGUACUCUUAUUCAAGAACAGUGAGAAAUAAACUAGUACGACAAAAAUAUCCUUUGUGCCUGUAACAUGAAGCACAAGGGACAAUAAAUUUAUAUAUAACUUAGUAUUUUGAAAAAUUACAUAAAUACUUUAAAAUCCCUGUAAAAGCCCAGUGACGCAAUAUUGUUGAACCGCAAAAAAGGUACAAUCAACCCCUAAAGCAAAGUUAUCAAAAAACGAUUAGUAUAUGUUGAAUUGGCUUUGCUGGCGAAGGAACACUUCAGGCUCCAGGGAACAAUGUCGGGAACUAUCGUAAACGCAAGAAGAAAUUGUGGUCUAGUUGCUUGCUAAGAUGGAGAAGCUUCAACAAACUGAAGAUAACGAAAUGCGCCCCUAAAGCCCGUUGACAUCUUCGGGUGGGAGCUAACUGUAAGCGUAGUUGAAUCACCCGGGGCAAAGUGGCCCCAAGCGAUAAAUGCGAAGGCGCAAGGAUGGUGGUAAAACGUAACGCGGACGCCCUUAUGAGGCAACACAAAUUUUUUCAAGAAGGGGCAUAAAACGUAUAAAGCCAGGGUGGUUUAUCUUUUUUGCAGA